CGCCAAACGGGUGUGUUAGAAACUAAUUUACUACCGCAGUACCGGCUACGUUUCUUAUUCAUUUCUUGUUUCCUCUGCGGGAAAUCAAUUUGCGAUCUGUGAUGGCUACCAGCAGAUUAAUUUCCAUUUCCAAAUUUGUAAGCUUUCCUAACAACCUGCCAUUGGGCAAGUUUUCAUUACGUCAUCUUUCAACAUCAAGAAGGUGUGAUGGUUAUGUACAUACCAAGUACGAGGUUAAAAAUGGAAUCGCCAUUGUCAAACUUGACUCUCCAAACUCCAAAGUCAACACACUCAAUGUUGAAACCAUGACUGAAGUCAAAGAGAUCAUGGACAUGAUUACUAAAGAUACAAAUGUGCAAGCCACUGUGUUGAUGUCAGGAAAACCAGGUUGUUUCAUCGCUGGAGCUGAUAUUUCAAUGCUCCAGAAAUGUAAAACAGCUGAGGAAGCUUCUCAGCUAUCAAAAGCUUGUCAGGAUUUGUUGAUGGAAAUGGAACACAGUAGAAAGCCCAUUGUAGCUGCAAUCAUGGGCAGCUGUUUAGGUGGAGGACUUGAGGUUGCCAUGGCUUGCCAUUACAGGAUUGCUGUGAAUGAGAAUAAGACUGCUUUGGGAUUACCAGAAGUACUUUUAGGUCUCUUGCCUGGUGGUGGUGGUACUCAACGCCUUCCGCAGUUAACAUCUCUUCUUACUGCUCUGGAUAUGAUCCUUACUGGCAAAAAUGUCAAAGCAGACAAAGCUAAAAAGCUUGGUCUUGUUGAUCUGACUGUGCAGCCAUUGGGCCCAGGAUUAGAUAAACCUGAUCAUCAAACUUUGCAACAUUUAGAAGAAGUAGCUGUACGUACUGCUGGAAAUUUGGCCUCUGGUUCAUUGAAGGUUAAACGUGAAAAACCAAUCACUGAUCGUUUAUUUGCGGCUGCAUUGAAGUAUAACCUGGUGAAAGAUCAAAUUUUUCAAAAGGCCAAAGCCAAAGUAAUGAAGCAAACAAAUGGGCUGUACCCAGCACCUCUGAAGAUUUUAGAAGUAAUUAGAACAACUUUAGAUAAAGGAUUGGAAGCUGGAUAUGCUGCUGAAAAUCAAGGUUUUGGACAACUGGCAGUCACUAAGGAAUCACGUGGAUUAAUUGGUUUAUUUCAUGGUCAAACUGAAUGCAAAAAGAAUAGAUUUGGGAAACCAAUUUUGCCGACGAAGACUAUUGGGAUAAUAGGCGCUGGCUUAAUGGGUGCUGGUAUUGCCCAAGUUUCUGUUAAAGGAUUUGAUGUUUUGCUUAAAGAUGCUGUACCUGCUGGUUUAUCUCGAGGCCUAAAUCAAGUAUAUGCGGGUUUAGACAAAUCCAUGAAAAGGAGAAAAAUUACCAGUUUUGAGCGUGACCGUAUUGCCUCAAACUUAACUGGUACCCUAAAUUACGAUGCGUUCAAAAAUUGUGACAUGGUUAUCGAAGCUGUGUUUGAAGAUUUGAGCCUUAAACACCGUGUUGUCAAAGAAGUAGAAGCGCUCAUCCCAGAACACUGUAUAUUUGCCACGAAUACUAGUGCCUUACCAAUUACAAAAAUAGCAGAAGCCAGCAAGCGUCCGGAAAAAGUCAUUGGUAUGCACUAUUUUUCUCCAGUCGAUAAGAUGCAACUUUUGGAGAUUAUAACAAAUCCCAAAACAUCGCGUGAUACAAUUGCAUCGGCCGUUGACGUGGGACUACGACAGGGUAAAGUCGUUAUUAUAGUAGGGGAUGGUCCUGGUUUUUAUACUUCACGUGUACUUUCAUUCAUGAUGGCUGAAGCUCACAGACUUCUUCUAGAAGGAACUGAUCCAAGGAAGAUUGAUAAACUUGGCAAAAAAUUUGGUUUCCCUGUUGGUCCAGUUACUCUAACUGAUGAAGUUGGCAUUGAUGUUGGUGCACAUAUUGGAAAGUAUUUGACUACUUGUUUUGGAGAGCGGUUUGCGGGAGCUGAUCCAGAGGUCCUUAAUUCAUUGGUAAAGGCUGGGAUCACAGGGCGGAAAUCAGGCAAAGGUUUCUUCGUUUAUGAGAAAGGAACCAAAGGAGAGAGACCAAUUUGCACGGAGGCUAUGGAUUUGCUAAAGAAAUAUUCACUGGUACCGAAAGGAUUACAAAGCGACGAAGACAUUCAAUUUAGACUUGCCACACGAUUCAUAAACGAGGCCUUGUUGUGCUUAGAAGAAGGAAUCCUCGCUAGUCCGGCUGAAGGUGAUAUUGGAGCUGUUUUUGGAUUGGGUUUCCCUCCAUUUACUGGAGGACCUUUCCGGUUCGUGGAUGAGUUUGGGGCAGAAAAACUAGUAGCUAUCAUGGGGAAAUUUGAGUCUGUUUAUGGCAAAUGUUUCACACCUUGUCAACUACUAUUGGACCACAGCAAAGGCAACAAGAAAUUCUAUCCUCGUAAUUAGAGCUAUGUGUUGGCCGUUGAUGGAGUAACGUGGUGAAAGUCGCGUAUCCAUUCAAUCGAUUUUGCACCAUCAAUGCAAUUUUUAAGUGAUGCCAAUUAGGCUCCUUAGAAUAUAGUUAAGAAAGGGUCUUUUUGUUUUUUUCUAGUUAAUGAUGUUUUGAAAUAAACUAUAUAUUUCAUCGGGA